GCUUAGUGGUCUUUGUCAGAGCUGGAUGAAUGUCUUUUGAAGACUCCAGUGGAAACUGGAAACUAUUGGGCUACUAUUUCCUCAAAAGGGUAUAGGUGUUUAAAGAGCGUCUUCUCACUUUGACCUUCCUUGUGUUGUAGGUAGUUUAGGUGAUGCCUGUAUGUAUGGCAAAGAGACCCAAUUAACCCGUGGAUUGAAGAAUCAUGGGUAACCUCAUUAGCAGACCUAGCUGUUUGGGACAAAAGUCCAAACAAGUUAAGUCAGAGGAAAGCGUCUUGAAAGAGUGCUACCAGCAACGGAGAGAAUGGCCGCUCCCAGAGCCUCCUAGAGAAGAAACAAAGAAGGAAGAUGAGGAAGAGGUUCUUCAACAAACUCCGACACCGGACAAGCAAAGGAGUUCCCCUGCUCCUACUGUCACCACUACCAGCACUCUGGACAAUGCCUGGCGAAGCACUCCGUCCCCAGUAAAAACACCACGAAAUGGGUCUUUGCCGAGAAGGUGUAAUGUUCCAGAGUAUAGAAGAUCCCCUCUGAGUCAGUAUGGAUCUGUGGACAGGAGAGCCAGCCUCCAGAGAAGGGAUUCUGGAAGUCCCUGGUCCUGGAAGCCUCUGAACACUCGAGAGGUUACUGAGGUCACAGAAGUGACAGAGACAAUUGUUACCGAGAUUGUAGAGGUGACAGAGUAUCCUCCUGCAGGGAAAGGAGGUGACCCUAUUGUUACUAGAACUGUUAGAGUCCUUACUGGAGCUGCUGAGGAACUUGCAGAGCUGCAGAGUGACGGUCAAUCAAGUUCAGACCAGGAAUCAAGUCUGAUCAAUGGAAGCGGACAGGAGACCCAGUAUGGAGACCAUGAUGCAGGAGGGUCCAAACCUGGCAGAGGGGCUUCAGGAAAUGACAGUGAAAAGACCAAAGUGCAGCUUGCUCAGCUCAAGCUCAAGUGGGAGGCUCUACUUCAGGUGCCAGCAGCAGUAAAGGAACGUUUUGUUUUGACAAUUCACAGACACAUGAUUCUGGAGGACAUUUUGCCAAGAGCUCAGCUAUUCCAGGAGAAGACAGACAGACUACAGCAAUGGCUUAUAUCUGUGGAUCAGGACUUAGCUGAGCUCCGUUCUGCAGAGAGAGGGAUGCUCCAUCUGCAAGAAGCCACAGGACAGGCAAAGGCAAUCAUGGAAGAGAUAAAAGCUAAGAGUAUCGACCUGGGGAAACUCCAACAAUGUGCUCAUGAGCUCAUGGAAAAUAUUUCAGAGGAGGAAACCCAGCUGGUGCAGGAGCGAGUAGACAGUCUGCGUAUCCGGUACUCUGUGAUGAGUCUGGGUAGUGCUGAUGUCUUGCAGAGACUGGAACAGGCUUUGGAGGCAUCUAGUCGAUGUACCUCCAGUCAAGAAGACCUCCACCUGUGGCUUGGUAGAAUAGAGAGAGAGCUGCUGGCUCCUGCUGCCCAGAAUCAGGCUGUGGAUGCAGUCUUGUGUUCUUCUGAGAGGCAGAAGCUGGAACAGGCCGUUGAGAAGGAGUUGUCUUGGUUUAGAGAUACCUCCCUGGCACUGGAAGAACUCAGAGCCAUUAAUCUGGAACCAGACAUCAUUGCAUCCCAGCUCAAUGAGCAAAAAAUACUUGCUGUAGAGAUUCUGCAGCACAAAUUUAACAUUGAGAAAAUGGUGAAGAUUUUGGAACUUCUGCAGAUGUACACUGAGGAUGGGAAGACACUGACACUUGAGUCUUCCCUAGACACUUUACAAGAGCAGUGCCAGGUCACUACUGCCACUAAUUCCCAAGUCUUACUUCAACUGGAGCAUGCUCAGUCGCUCUUGUCUCAGUUCUCAGAGGGCUUUGCUGAGGUGUUACCAUGGUUACAGGAAACCAAAGCCCUUAUUGGCCAGUUUACCCUGAACAACAUCAGCUAUGAGGCUUUCCGAGAACAACAGGACCUCUUACAGAGCAUCAGGGAGUCCAUAGCAGAGCAUAAGCCUCUGAUAGCACGGCUGAUCAUGUUGGCCCAGCGUCUAUCCGACCUGAAUGCAGUUCAGGGAGAGGAGUUCUGCCAGAAAGCCAGGGACACUGAAGAGCAACACCUUGCCAUCAGAGAUAGGGUUCGAGAAGCUGCUGGAGUACUGGAGGAGUCUCUGCCCCGCUAUACACAGCUUAAUGAGAGGAUUACACUGAUUGGAGAGAGACUGGCGCGUCUGUGUAGUCACCUGCAGGCCUCAAUGGCUCUUCAAGGCCUCACCCCACGAAUACAGGAGCAGCUACAGGACAACAAGCACACAUUGUCUGAGCUCUCAAAAUGGAUCUGGACCUUGGCAUCUGUCAUGAUCUUGGUAAUUUCAGCUAUUAAAGACCGGGUUUGCAGUCUAACAAGCCGCUGGGAGGAGGCUCAAAGGCAAGCUCAGGAGAGGGAGAAGUGGCUUCUCAAUCUUCUAGAUUUGGCAGUCAGGUUCUGGAAUGAUGUGAGUUACAUGACAUCUGGACUUAAUGACGCCCAGCAAGCUGUUCUGGACCUCAACUCUAGUCGAUCAGAUUCAGAGACCAUUCGACAGAGCUUGGAGACCAUGCAGACAUUGAGGGAGGAUAUUGAUUCUCUGCAAGGUGACCUGGACACACUAGGAAUUCUGGGAAUGGAACUCAUGUCAGCUUGUGGUGACACAGACAAGCCAGAGGUCACCAAAUGUUUGGAUGAGCUUUAUGGCACAUGGAACAAUCUCAGUAAGAUUUGGACAGAGUGCAACAGUAAGUUAGAAGAAUGUCUACGAGUGGCGCUCCAUUAUAAGGACAGUAUGCAGGGACUCUUUGAGUGGCUGAAGUCUGCAGAGCUGAAAUCCACCAAGGAGUUCUCAGUGGAUCUGACCUGGGAUCAGUUAAAGAGCAGCUAUGAAUUUAAGCGAGAGCUCUAUCAGAAGAAGAUCGAGAUUGAAAGUCUCAACCAUCGCUUUGUGUGCCGCUUUCCCCGGGCACUGAGCGGCCUGGGUCCAUUUCUCACUGUGUGA